CACAAUUAUUUAAAGCACAAUAAGUUCAAAUAGAAAAGAAGAAAAGAAGAAAAGAAGAAAAGAAGAAAAGGAGAAAAGAAGAAAAGGAGAAAAGGAGAGAACAGAUAAAUAUUUUUUUCAAUUUUUUAGAAAUCACCACCUUUCAUUAUGAAUCAUAAUUUUCAAUCAUUAUUCAGCAUUGACGAUUUUGGAGAUGAUAAGCUCUGCAAUACGUCACUUGAAUUUACUAAUGAUGAUAAUUUAAACAGUGCUAAUAUUAAGAAUAACAUUAAAAAUAGUAUCAAGAACAUUGAAAGAGAUUUUGAAGAAUUGCAGGAUUUUGAAGGUUUUCAAUAUAAUGGUUAUGAUAAUUAUCACUGUGAUUUAUUUGAGAAUAAUGAAUAUAAUUUGAGAUCUUCUAUUGGUGAGACAAAUUUAUUUCGAGCACUUUCGUUGAAUUCUGGGGUUGGCUCGAAUAAAAAUUAUAAUUGUAAUAAUCACAAGUUUAAUAAUUACAUGUAUGAUAAUUACAAAUUCAAUAGGUUUGAUAUUCAGGAUAAUGUGAAAGAAAAUAAUACCAAUUGGGGGAUAUUAAUAUUUCGAAUAAUUGAAAACAACGAUCAUAAAGCAUCUACAUUUUUACAAAAUUUUAUAAAAAAAUCUUCUGAUAAUAGUUUUAGUAUUAACGAUGAAAACAGUGGUAUUCCGGAUCAAUUAAUCGGUUUGAUAACUAGUAAUUGCAUUGAGCUUAUGAUGAGUAAAUAUGGGAACUACUUGGUUCAAAUUUGUUUUGAUUAUUCCAGCUUGAAUCAAAUUAAUAAGAUUUGUGAGGUUUUCACAAAGGACAAAAAUGAUAUAUUGAGACUAUCAAUGAAUUUAUUUGGAUGCCAUUCAUUGCAAAAAAUUAUAACAAGUUUAAAUGUUGGAUUAUAUUACAAGAAAAAAAUAUUUGAGGAAUUAUUGAACAGGUUUAAUGUAACGGUGAGAAAUAAAUAUUCAGGGCAUAUUUGGCAAAAACUAUUACAGUCCGAUUUUAAAUUGAAACUAAGUGUUCUAGUUGAAUUGAAUAAGAAAUUGGAGAAAAAUUGGAUAAAAAUAGGUAAAACCGAAAGUGGCAGUUUAAUUAUUCAAACCGUAUUUGAGAAUUACUCGGGCGAUAAAUCAGUUGAGAAGCAAGUUUUAAUUGAUGAAAUCAUUGAUGGCUACGAGGAAUUGAUUGUAAACAAAUGGGGGAACUGGAUAAUAAACCACUUGAUUUCAUUUGGUGAAAAAGAGGAUCAAGAAAGGUUGAUCAGCAAAAUAUUUGCAAAAGAAAAAAACUUGGUGCAAUUCAGCACCAACCCUUACAGCUCCAAGGUGCUAUUGAAGAUAUUCCAAAGCCAUCCCAACGACAUGGCACUUGCAGAAAAGUACAUCAACACCAUUUGCACCAGAGGCAGUUCCUCCAAGGUGGCGUUGAUUGACGGUAAGAUUACACCUUUCUCUGCUUCUUCUGCCUCUGCUUCCAGAUUACUAACAGUACCAGUUGCCUCCAACAUGCACGGAAGCGCCAUCGUGCAGCUCCUUCUCGGCCUGCAGUGGGCCGGUGUUCAUAACCCGUUGGCCCGAGCCGUGCACCGCCACAGCGUCUCGAUCAAAAGCAGCAAGCCUGGCUGUCGGUGUGCGCAGCUCUCUGCAGCAUUAGCACAGCGGACUGCUGUUUGAGUCCAUCGGUGCGGGUCUUCUUUGUUGAAUAUAUCUAUCGCUUUUUUGGGUGUUGCUGAGCAACUUUGGCUUGAGUCGAGUUGAAGAAACUGACUGGGGUGGUUC